GCAGUAAUAUUUACAUUUACCCGAGCUUAGCAUCGGCCUAGUGGAAGUAGUACUAUAAAUUUAUAGACUAGGGUUUAAGAUGGACGGCCGGAAGUGAAGAUUAGAGAGAUGGGGAAGAAAGCGAAGAGCUCAAGGAAAGGGAAGAAGGCAUGGAGAGCCAACAUUAGUACCGAGGAUAUUGAAGAUUUCUUAGACAACUAUACCAAGGAUGCUCUUUCCGGCGGUUCUCUUGCUCAAGUUCCCAGUGAUUCUCUCUUUUACGUCGACAAAUCCACAGAUCUUUCUGUCAAACGGAAAAUUGAAAAACACCGGGAGAAAGUACUUCGAUGUGAUAGCAUGCUACAAAGCAAUGCCUUUGUUGAACCUGUACCUUCGUCAACUGGGAAAAAGUCCAAGAAGAAAAGUAAAGUUCAGAAAGCCAAAGAUACUGCUCAACAGGGUGAAAAGGAUAUGGCUGGUGGAGACUUUGGCAUGGUUGACAUUUGGGAUGCUAAAGGUGAACUGGUCCUCAAAACCAAUAAGAAGCCCAAGACUUCUGUUAUUCCUGCUGUGGAAGUUGAGCCUCCAGGUUGCUCAUUCAAUCCGCCAUCUGAAAGUCAUCAGGAUGCAUUAGCUUGUGCUGUUGCAGAUGAAAUGCAGAAAAUUUAUAGAAAUGAAUUGGGGCCAGAGCCUAUUCCAUUGAUUGUUCCCGGAGAAGCAGUUAAUGAAGAAGAUAUGUAUUUCCUCGAAGCGGACAGUGGGAGUGACACAGAGAAUGAAAAUCGAGUGGAAGAUGGAUACACAAAUCUUGAGAAAAGGACUCAAAGGCCCAAAAUGCUGACACAAGUUGAGAAGAAUCGACGGGCUAGACGCAAAGAACAGUUGAAAGCAGAAGCUGAAGCAAUAAAAGCAACACAGCUCUUCAAAGAGAUUGAUAGCUUACCGGAUAUAAUUCAAGAAAUAGAGAGAGAGGAAGGAGAAAAACAGAAAAGACAUCUACGUUGUGUUACUGCUAAAAAAGAGAAACUAAAAUCUUGUCCACCACGCUUGGGAAAGCGCAAAUUCGAGCCUGCUCCUGCUCAGGUUUUACUGUCUGAAGAGAUUACUGGUUCCCUCCGUAAAUUGAAGGGAUGUUGCACCCUUGCAAGAGAUCGGUUUAAAAGCUUGGAGAAAAGGGGACUAGUUGUUCCAUCAAAAAAGAGUAGCAGGAAAUAGCAUUCAUUAGAGUUAAUUGCGAAACAUGGAUAAAAUGUUUUCAUCACUGCGCUCCGACAUCACCCCUGAGCACUCGGAUGAGUGAUGCUUAAGGUCUUGGUUUAUGUCAAGCCGAUCAAGAUCUCUUCCUGUAAUGCAAAUUUGGAGUGGCAGAGUAGAUGUGAAUCUGUUUAUUUUACUGACGCAUGGUUCAUUACACCAAAUAAUUUGCGAGCGAAAAAUAGUAUUUUGAAGGUGAUUGCUGUUUUAAUUGAUUGGCAAUGAGCAAACACUAAUACUGAUAUAUCUGGAGGUAGAAGAUUGGUGUUUCA